ACUAGGAAAGUAUGGUGAUAUAUAUUUGUUGAAUUUUCCCCAAAACUUAUUUACUCACCCCCAUGUCAAUCCAAAUUUGUGUGAUUUCAUUCAUGUGUAAGACAAAAGGAGACGUUUUGAAAAAUGUUCACGCUGAUCUUUCUAUUCAAUGCAAGUAUUUAACAUAGACACAAGAUAUGUUGUGCAAGCUUUUAUGUUGUCAAAUCUGUCGUAAUCAAAUGCUUCAGUUUGAAAAUACAGUAGAAUUAAGGUUUUGAAAGAACAUAUCUAUAAUUACUUUACGAGUCUGGAUAUAUAGUGCACAUAUUGUCAUAUAAGGUGUUUUAUUGUGCUUUUUGGCGCUUGACAGCCCCUGUUUGCUGUGUGCUUUUGCUGUUGCCAUACAUGAAAGAGCAGUGUCACUUUACUAAACAUAUCCUGCUGUGUUUCAGGAAGAAAGACAGUCUUAUGGAUCUGAAAUGACUUGAGGCUGAAUUAUAGAACUAAACAUUGCUUAAAAGCCAUGAGAAUAAUGCAUAGUAAUCCAAUAGCAGACUGGAUGCAACUACAACUCAUGUGCAAGACUUCUCCAAAAAUAAAACGGCACAUGUGGUGGUGAGGGAAGACACUAUAGGGACUUCUGAAGGUCAUGAAAUAACCUGCUGCCAUCAUAAUAAGACUUAAACUGUCCACCAUCAUAUAUCAGACUAAAACGCUGCCCGAUCAUGACCUCACAGUGAUGACAGGACGAGGUCAGCCAGCUGGACAGAUGCCCAAACUUCACUACUCAUUAAACACUUACACAGAGCGCAAAGCAGAGCAGUAAUGAUGCAGUGGAGUCUUCACAGCCCCUGGACAUUUCAUCCAUUGAGAGAGCCAGUUUCUUUCAAGGAGAUCAGUUUUCUCCUCAUGGGAACCCCCUUCACAGCACCGCUUUGGAAGAAGAUCUCAGUCCUGGACCAGAACAGAACCAAGAGUCUGCUCCAGAGAAGUUGGGUCAACCAUGAGCUGGGAAGCCUGCUCUUGGUGUAAUGGACACUGAUAAGACCACAGUUACUCAGGCUAAGAAAAUAGGCAAAGCUGUUUCCGAGGCAUUGAAUAAGAAAGCUUCAUCCAAAGAGAACCAGGAACCACAUCAAGUCAAGUCUGCUUUAUUGUCAAUUCUUCCACAUGUACAGUACAUACAUACAGAGAAUCGAAAUUGCGUUACUCUCAGACCUAUCAGACAACAAAUAAAGGAGAAAAAUCACUAGUAAGAAAAGGUAAAGGCAGACCUUUGCCAACCAUAUCAGAAGACAGAGAGGAUGCAGGCAAGAAAAGAACUUCAAUCCCCACAAGCUACACAGCCAAGCAUCCAAGCAUGGAGAAGUCUAAGAGAAAAGGGUCCAGUCAACGGCAAAGUGGCCAGAAACAAAAAAGGAAAUCUUCAUCUUCAUCAGAUCAACAGCACUAUUAAUCAGAAGAGGACCAGACUUGUGGAAGCCAAUAAUGAGCUCAUUAAGGGAAAGACAAAGCUGAGAAACCUUCAGAAAGAUCAUGAUGAGAUGGAACAGAGACUCAAAGCUCUGAGAGAUGGUUCCUCUUUGCUCACCAACCUGCAGGAGCUCAACACAAAGUACAUGAAGCACCGCACAGCUCAUCCGGAUGAGGUGGAAACGUAUGGCCCAACCUGUAUGCUUGCCAUGUUGAUGGAAGCCAGGUGCAUCAUGGGAACCGAGCACCAGCUAAAGACUGUUAAUGACCAUCUUCAGCAGGUCUUCGAUGAAACAGAAAAUGAAUAACUACACACACUGUACAGCUCAACAAAUAAACCAUUAUA